GCUCAUGCAUACCUCAUCCUUACAUAGGAAGCACUAUUUACAUAUGCCACCAAAUUAUACACACAUACAUGCACAUACACACAGUUCACACUACAAAUCAAAUUCUGAACGAGAGAGAGAGAGAGAGAGAGAGAGAGAGAGCAAAGGAGGAGGAGAGAAAAGGAUGCUUUAGCAGGUGCCAAAUAUUGAGGGAGAGGAGAAAAAGCGAGGCAGACAGCGACGGAGGGGAAUGGAGCAGAGCUCUCAGUGAGAACGCAGCUACUCCGCCACACGUUUACCCACAGGCAAGCUCUGGUGACUCUGCUGUGCUACUCCAGUUUCUUGUCCCUGACGUGUUUGGGGUCUUGCAUCUCGGCUGUGCCAUGCUGUGUUCAGCUGUAUUGGCAGCACUGCUGCUCCUGCUGGUUCCACUGGAGCCCAGCCAUGCCCGAACCCUGCACUCCCCCGACCAUGCCAUGCAGGUCAUUGAGCAGGUCCUGGAGCAUUACAAUGAUCUUUUGACACUAGAUGAUCUGCAGAAUCUCACCAGUGACCCAUCAGAGGAACCCGUGCAGCCCUUCAAUUCUGGGUUAAAGGUUGCAGAGUCCCCGAAAUGGAUUGACCUUCCUGUGCAAAGUGAAAACUCCUGGCUCCGUCUCCUUAAGGGAGCUCUGGCCAGUCAAAAACGAGCCUUGUCAGACCGGUCACGACGAGGCUGGAAUCGUGGUUGCUUUGGCCUGAAAUUAGAUCGCAUCGGAUCUAUGAGUGGCCUUGGCUGCUAAUGACAGACAAAGGGACAGACCAAUCAGAGGUGGCUGUUGACCUGCUAAGCUUCAGGUAAAGGUUGCCUGCAAGCCUAGAUCUAGAGUCAGUUUCACCCCUUUACAUGAUGACCUCCUGAUAACUACGUGGUGACCUCCUUAUAGUGUUUCACUAUGCUUGUAUUUUUCAGUUUUAGCAGUUAUGAGGUGAUGUUGUUUUAGUGUAUUGUAAACUGGUUUAUUAUUAAGUGCUAUAACCUGUGUUUAUUCGGUUAGGUUCUGUCUGUUCUGUGAUAGUAGAGGAUUAAAAAAUCUGUCAUGUUCUUGGAUUAUUAUUUUAUUUAGAUCAUAGUGAAUAAUUUAAAACUAGAUUGUUGUCUGGCAUAAGCAUAAUUUAUUAGCAAAAUUAACAUGGUUCGCUUUAUGUUUGUGUAUAUUGGCAUGAAUAAAAUGUUUCCAAAAUCA